CGAAUAAGAGAAACAAAAUGGACCGUUGUGGUGUUCAGUGUUGGCAUCCGAAUUGGUUGCGUAAAUUCGCAACGACACGAUGGUUUAUGAUAGUUUAUGGGUUGUUGGGCACAAUUCAGGCCACCAGUUAUUUGUACUUUGUUAUCACAUUAACAACAAUUGAAAAACGCUUCAAAAUACCCAGCCAAACGACAGGAAUUAUUUUGAGUGGUAAUGAAAUAUCGCAGAUUUUAUUAUCACUGAUCUUAACAUAUUUUGGUGGUCAACGAAAUCGACCCAGAUGGAUUGCAUGGGGUGUUGUUUUCAGUGCAUUGUCGUGCUUUAUUCUCGCCUGGCCGCACUUUAUUUAUGGCGCCGGAGAGGAGGCGUAUGAACUAACCGAGGAGUAUUUGGCUGAACAUAAAAAUGCUACAUCGCACAUGCUUUCGAAACCGGUGGAUUUUAAAAGUAGUAAAUUAUGCAGAACCACCAUGGAAAAGAUCUACAAAUGUGAUGAAAAGUUUUCGUAUGUUCCGCUGGUGUUGAUAUUUAUGUCACAAUUCGUGCUCGGAAUCGGUAACACAUUAUAUUAUUCGCUUGGCCAGUCCUAUUUAGAUGACAACACCAAGCAACGAAACACACCGUUAAUGUUGGCCUAUGCAUUUUCGAUGCGUAUGAUCGGGCCGAUAGUUGGAAUCGCUCUUGCUUAUUUAAUGAUGAGUAUUUACAUUGAUCCCACUUUGACGCCAGUCAUUGCAAGAGAUGAUCCUCGAUGGUUGGGUGCUUGGUGGCUUGGAUGGAUUCUACUUGGUGUACUGAUGUUCAUUUUUGCUGGAUUGAUCGGUUUGUUCCCGAAACACUUGCCGAAGAAGAAACAAUCCAUUGAACACGAAAUCGAUGACGAAAAAUGCGAUCAGAAAGUUGAGACAGUGGAAAAAAAAUCGACCAAAGAGAGAAAGGAUGGGGAAUUGAAAGAUUUCCCAAAGGCAUUGAUGCGACUGCUAACAAACAAGGUGUUAAUUUUCAACAAUAUGUCAUCUAUAUUCUAUAUCCUUGGCGCAUCCGGUUUCAUGAUAUUUAUGGGCAGAGUGAUGGAAGUUCAGUUCAAUAAAACAUCACACGGUGGCAGCAUAUUCACUGGUCCCAUGACAAUCAUAGGAACGGCUGUCGGUCUCUUGACAUCCGGUUAUGCUAUCACAAAGUAUAAGCCACCGCCAAAGUAUUUAUUCUUUUGGAAUGUGAUGAUUGGAUUGAAAUCAAUGUGUGUCGCAUUAUUGUACACUCAACUGGGUUGUGAGAAUGGUAAUAAUUCGCUGUUGGUUAACGGAACCAUUAUUUCGUGCAAUUCGAAUUGUGCAUGUGAUGGAGUCGCAUACAGUCCAGUAUGUGAUCGCUUAACAGGUACAACAUAUUUUUCACCGUGUCAUCGGGGCUGUAGAGCAUUCGAUGAAGAACAAAAAUUUUACAAAGAUUGCUCGUGCAAUAUUCAAGCAUCGAUAAAUACUAAGAGAUCCACCGCCGGAUUUUUAGCCAGUCAUAUGUUUAUGGAAAGCUCAACAAAUCAAGCCACAUUGAAUGGUGAAGCAAAACCAACCGAAAAACGCAUCACACUGGAAGAUGUUUAUGAUGAAGAGCUAAAACCGGAUAAACUACCGCAUGACGACGAUGUUGCCAUUGACGGAAAUCAUCUUUAUGGCGAGAGUGAAGAGUACGAAGACAGUGGUGAAACGGAGGAUGUAUUGAGCGGUGAAACGGUAGACGUGACGAAAAUGGAGGCAAACAAGCGAGAACGUCGAGAGCAUACAGAUCAUGAACAUAUUUUUCCCGGAGUAUGCGCUGAUGAUUGCACAUUUGCUUACAUCACCUUUUCGAUAAUUUCAAUGUGCUCUGCUUUGAUCUCAUCCACCGGUCGAAUUGGGAAUGUUUUGCUGAAUUUCCGAGCAGUUGAACCACGUGACAAAGCAUUUGCCCAGGGUUUAUCGCUGUUUUUAACCAGUUUGUUCGCGCUAAUCCCCGGUCCAAUCAUUUUCGGUGUAGUCAUUGACAGCACAUGCUUGGUAUGGGGCUACAAAUGUGGACGACGCGGCAACUGUCAACUGUACGAUCCAAUCAAAUUCCGAUACUUUUUACACUCGAGUGCAGCAGUGUUCACUUUUCUUGGUGCAUUUUUUGACCUUCUGGUGUGGUACCAUGCUAAAGAUUUGGAUUUGUAUGGUGACAAGACCACCGAUGGCACACCAAUCAAACCAGUGGAAAAAGAAAAAGACGCUUCGCCCGAAAGUGAGCCACUGAACAAAUAAUACCAAAACAAUGUGUUAAGGAGUUUUUGUGUGUAUAUUUAUUAGUUUUUAGCAUGCUUUUGUUUACUACCAUACAGUUGAACGGUUUUAGUAUUUUAAUCUAAUCUGUUUGAGAAUAAAUAAACCCAAAA